UUCAUUUUCGUUUUGAUACUGGUCAAACCCCAGUCAUGUUUCUACAAAAUUUUACUUUGUAUUUGUCAGGAUUUCUGGAUUUGUUUGGAGUGAGCAUGAUUUUUCCAUUGUUGUCAACACAUGUGAGAGACUUGGGAGCAUCAUCAACUUUGGUUGGUACUAUAGGUUCUAUCUAUGGAGGAAUACAGCUAAUUUCCAGUCCACUUGUAGGAAGAUGGAGUGAUGUGUCUGGUAGAAGAUUUUGUUUGUUAUGGUGCUUGUUGUUAACAGCUUCUGGCUAUGUUACACUUGCAAUAGCCUCCACAUUAACUUUUGUCAUGUUAGCAAGAAUCCUUAAUGGAUUAUUUAAGCACAGUCAAAGUUUAACCAAAUCACUGUUAGCAGAUAUAACACCUAUAGAAGAGCAGUCAGCUGUAUUAGGAACAUUUAAUGCUGCCUCUAGUUUAGGGUUCAUCGUGGGACCAUUGAUCGGUGGACAUGUAGCAGAAACUUCAAAUGGAUUCCAGAAAGUUGGAUUAUUAAGUGCUUUUGUUUUUAUAGCAAACAGUGUGUUAAUAUAUAUGUGUGUAGAAGAUCACAAGAAGACAAAUUCUGAAGAUGACAAAUUAAGGCCUGAAUUAGAAAAAUCCAGAAAGAAAGUUUCAUCAGCAGAAAACAACUUCAGUCCCAGAAUAUUCAUAGAGACAUUUCAUUCAGUUAACUGGACAAAGCUGUGGGAUCUAUUCUUAAUUAAAUUCUGCAUGGGAUUUUCAAUUAUAUUAUUAAGAAGUAACUUUUCUCUAGUAAUGAGAGAAUCUUUUCAAAUUACUCCAAAAACAAUUGGAUACUUGAUGUCUUAUUCUGGAUGUGUAUCAGCGUUUUUUGGCCUAUUGGUAGGGCAUAUUGCCAAAAUAUAUAAUAAUGAUGCCAAAUUGUUUAUGCAUAUGGCAAUAUUUCAGGUUGUUACUUUAUUCAUGUUGUCAAUCAUCCAUGAGACCUUUUGGUUGUAUGUGUUAUUUCUGACACCUCUUAGUUUUAUAACUACUGUUUCAAGAGUUGCAGGAACAAGUUUGACUAUUCAGCGAGGAGAGAGGAAAGAAAUUGGGACAUUGUUGGGUUUUAGUCAAAGUGUGAUGUCCAUAGCCAGAAUGUUAGGACCAUUUAUUUCUGGAAUAGUAUUAGAUAUAAACAAAUCUGGACCUGCUUUUAUAGGUGGUGUUGUAACAUUAAUUGCUGUUCUAAUAAUGGUUGUUCGCCCACAAGGAAUUGUAGAAAAUAGCACAAAAAUUGUGAAACCUGACUAA